UCGUAUCUCUGUGCAUUGUGUUGCAGUCACGCACGCCCUCUGUCGUCAUUUUUACAAUAAUGGCUGAAUCUUCAAGUGCUGCUGCUUCCAAUUCAGAGGAAACUGAGGAUACCCAGGACUUCGAUGGGCAGGAAGUUGAUCAAGAAAUUCCAGCUGAGAGUGCCGAUAAGAAAAAAAGGUUCUUCAACAAAGAGUUGAGAUGUAUGAUGUAUGGCUUUGGUGAUGAUCAGAACCCAUAUGCUGAAACUGUGGAUCUACUAGAAGAUUUAGUUCUUGGCUUUAUUACAGAUAUAACCCUGAAGGCAACCCAGGUAGGCCGACAAGGCAGAGUUCAAGUAGAGGAUAUCAUCUUUCUCAUCAGGAAAGACCCUCGCAAGUAUUCCAGAAUCAAACAGCUUCUGCUAAUGAAUGAAGAACUCAAGAAAGCCAGGAAGGCAUUUGACGAAGCCAAUUAUUAG